UCCUGUAGAGGGAGGAUCCAUCCAGAUCAUAUCAGUUCUUCAGUCGUGUUUCAGAGUGUUUUCAGACAUUUUAAACCUCACUCUUGUGUACUGAUGAAGAAAAUGCUUCUCAAAUCAGUAUUGUUCUGGUUGUGUUUGUGGCGUCUGGUUGGAGUGUUUUGUAGUUCUGUCAGCCAGGUGGAAUUGCUGGUGAUAGUCGGAGAGUCUGUCACUCUUAACACUGGCUUUACUGAAAUAAAGUGGUUUAACAGGAUUCAGUGGUGGUUUGAGAAUAAUAUGAUUGCUGGUAUCAAUGUAACGGCCGGCAGCAUGACUGUAUAUGAUGAUGUUCUUGACGGGAGAUUCAGAGACAGACUGAAGCUGGACAGUCAAACUGGAUCUCUGACCAUCACAAACAUCACAGAGAAACAUGCUGGAUAUUAUACAGUAACAACCAGCGAACCAGUGAUAAUAAGAUUCAGGCUCUUUGUCAUUGAGUAUGUUUGUGAUGCAGAAGAAAUAUCAGUAACAGAGGGAGAUUCUGUUACUCUAAACACUGGUCUUACUGAAAUAAGUGGAAAUGACAGACUGUUUUGGGAUUAUGAAAUUGACAUUGCUGCAAAACCUAUAUUUGAAAGACUUUUAGCACAAACUAUAAUCCGCUAUACUUAUGGGUUUGAGCUAUUUGACGACGGAAUGAAACUGGACAAUCAAACUGGAUCUCUGACCAUCAUAAACAUUACAACUAAACGUGCUGGUAUUUAUACACUCAAUUACCAGAUAAGUGGAGGAAAUUGGUCAACAAAAGCAUUCAGAGUUGCUGUCUAUGGUGAGUAG